CUUCUUACAGCUGACUUUUAUUUACGUUUAUUUUUUGCAGAUUUGUUUAUUUUAUCAACAUUAGCCAAACAAUUUACGAAAAAUGAAUAUUUUACCCAAGAAAAGAUGGCAUGUGAGGACCAAGGAUAAUAUAGCCCGCGUUAGAAAAGAUGAGGCAGCGGCUCGUGAAGAAGAACGUAAAAAACAAGAGAAAUUGGAAUUUGCAGAAAGUGAAGCUCGUGUCAACUUUUUACGCAAACGUUCGGGAUUACCAGAGAGACAGAGAGAAGAAGAAAAAGCUUCAGAAGAAAAGACAGACAAUGAAGAGGCCUGUAGCUCUCAGCAUGUAAAUCUAUUUGCUGACUACAAAACUCAUGUUAAGACCACUAACAAAGAAUUGGAAAAAGAAAAAAAGGAGGAACAAGAAAAAUAUGAGAAACAAAUAGGAUAUUUAACCUAUUUGGGUCAGGAUACCAACGAAGCGUUGAAACUAAAAAGUUGGUACGAAGUAGCACCCAAGCGUUUAGCGGUAGGAACAGAAAGGGGAGAAAUAAAUGAAAAAGAUUUAAAGACAAAACAUAAUCACGAUCCUUUGACUUUAAUCAAUGCCCUUUUACCGCCUGACCCCAAACCGGUAAUAAAAUCCACACCAGCAAAACGUAAAAGAAGUCCUAGCCCUCAGUCUGCCAUAGUGGAGUUGGAUCAUGCUAAACCUCCAAAAAAACACAAAAAGGAACGCAAAAAACAUAAAAAGGAAAAACAUAAGAAACGCUCCAAAGAACACAAACAUAAAAAAGACAAAUCUAAAGAAAAGAGAAUAAUGGAGGAACAAAUACAGAAACGAUUAAAGCUAGAACAGUUGAGAAAAGAACGUAUACGCCGUGAAACAGCAGAAAAAGCCAGACAAGAAGCUUUAUUGGCGCCUAAGGAAGCUAGCAAGCCAACAGAAGCAACAAGUAUUGCUACACCUAGAGUUGUACAAAAGUAUAAUAGUCAAUUUAAUCCAGAAUUGGCUAAGCAAAAUAUGAAUUAAGACCAACAAAUAAAAUGGAUAAUUUUUAUUUAAAACUUUGUUUGAAUAUACAUUAAAAUAUAACCGUAAUGAUAAAUCUUAAAUAUUGGUCGAAAUAUUUCAGAUUUUAGAAAUAUUGCAAGUAUGCGUACCAAUACAUAUUUCCCACGUAUUAAGUAAUAUUCUGAAUUUGUUUUGAAUUGAAAUGCGGAAUGUUAAAUAAUUUAUUAUGCACUAAUACUUAUUAUUCUUAGAUUUUAUUUGUAGUCUAAGUCAAAUUGUUUUUUUUUUUUUUUAUAGAUUGCGAAAAGAAUUUAUUUUAAUAAAUCUCUUAAAAAUGCUAAAAGUU